AUGAAGCAAGUGGCUCGAAUGCUUUUUCUCGUCAUGCUAUUGGUCUAUGCAACGGCGAAUCCAGUCAAACAAGUGGAACGCAUGGUAAUAGCAAAGAUGCGAAUGUCCGACCAAGACGGCUCUGAAACUGGCUACGCUUACGAGCAGCAGCACGGAGCACCAGUGUCAUUCGUGCAAUAUACCACUCACACUGGUAGUUCGGCUGGCUUGCCGUACGAAGGCGACGCUUAUGCGCCAUCGCAUGACGCUUAUCCAUUUUAUCAGACAUACGGAGAUUACGAUGUGCCUUUGCCACCUUACUAUCCUCAAGCAUAUCUUGUACCACCACCGCCAUCACCGGCAGUACCGGCAAUCGUUGAACCUUAUUCACAUGGUCAUUAUCAUCAGCAUCCUCACGGAGAUGACGGGGAUGAAGAAUCUUUCGAAGAAGCCGGUGGCACUGACCACAACGCGCAAGAUAACUUGGUGCACGGUGAAAAGGGUGAAAAGGAUUAUGGCAGCUUUCACAGCCGCGACGAGGCUGAUAAUGUUCAUCACGAGGCUGAUCAUAACGAUGGGGAAUACAAGAACGAAGCAGGUCAUCAAGGUGGUCACGAGGAGACGGACACUCGCUUCGACUCUCACGACAAAUCGGAGGUCGGUCAACAAGGCACCAACUACGGCAAUAAGUCCUAUCAGAAAAAAGGUCACCGCGUCACCGGGUUUCAUAACGUUUAUCACAAGGACGAGUACAAGAAAGAUACUGAUUUCUACGAUGAAGAUCACGAUGGUGGACAUUACGAGAAAUACGGCGCUUAUGACGCUCAUCAUACGGACGAGGCAGGUGGUUAUGAAAAAGAUGGUAAGCACGAUGCUGGUUACGAUUUCGCGAGAAGAGGACAACAAGGACAUUUUGAGAAAGGUCAUGAUGUUAGCUCGAAACACGGACAUAAGGGUGCUCAAGGUAAAGAUUCCUAUAGACAACAUCAUGCCGAUUAUGAUAGCACAGGUGGCAAACGUUACGCCAGUCAACAUGGAUAUAAACAAGGACAUGGAUAUCGAUAGGAAUAUUUUCUCUUUUUGCAUUUUCUUUUUUAUCACACAACUAGUUUCUUGUUAGUAAGCUCGUGUUAUUUUUUUUCACUUUCCUCUUUGUAGAUAGAUACUUACUCAUCGAGUGUCAAUGACGUG